AUGCAAGUUCUGUUGCGGGAACUAGGCGUCGAGCAAUUAUUGACGCCCGACGCGAUUCCUUUAGACCACAUCUUCGUGGAAGACGAUCAAAGCGCGCACUUCGGCAAUGCCGUGCACCGUGCUCGUGUCAAGGUCACGCAAGAGGACGUCGAGGCGGCUGCAGUAACCGUGAUCAGCGGACAGGAACCCAGUUCGAACGAUAUUAUAACCGACAUGCAUAUCAAGUAUCCAUUUCUUUGGUUUAUUUACGACAAAAUGUACGCAGAUAUUCUUUAUUUCGGCGUUUUUAAUGAAUUCGACAAGCACGUUUCUCAAACGAAAUUGACAGAUUCUGUAAUAUCAGACGCGAUGUUCAAGUUUGCGGUGACAAGUCUGCAUAAAUAUGCGUCGAUCAAGCCAAAGGAAAAUUUUGUUUUUAGUCCAUAUAAGAUAUAUCACGGACUUUACUCUGCUUAUAUGAUUUCAAGUGGUGAAAUGGAACAGCGUUUAAGAGAUAUUCUUUAUUUACCGAAUGUUUCGAAGUUUGAGUUGCUAAAAAUUAUUAAUUUUGAUAAAUACCCCGCAAACCGGCCUGCUCGCUAUAAGGAUGCUACCUCUUAUAUGCCUUAUCAUUAUGUAAUUCAAAAUCAAUGUAUAUUUUUAAACAAAAAACUUUGUAAAGACUUUAAAACAAUGAGACGACUGUACAAUGCUGGAUUCGGAUUUAAAAGCAAUAAUAAUAUUCAGGAUACAAAUAGAGAGCUCAAUGAAUCUUUGCAAUUGCUGCUAAAGAGUUUCUUUCGUAAAUUGGUGAACUUGAAAGUAAAAACAGAAGUUUCCAGUGAUGAAUUGCAGGUGGACGUAAAGGAGUUAAUCAUCAAGGAACAUUAUACGUCGCUGUAUAUGUUGAUACCUUCUUCAACAAGCACAAACAACACGGUUAAAACAGAUAUGAGCACUGGCCUUUCUAGCUUGAUUGAAAGAUUAGAUAAACCACUGUCUAUCGUUAUUCCGCCGACCUUCGAAAUUGAAAAGUAUCUGGAUAUGCGUGCACUGUUGCGGGAAUUAGGCGUUGAGCAAUUAUUGACGCCCGACGCAAUUCCUUUGGACCACAUCUUCGUGGAAGACGAUCAAAGCGUGCACUUCGGCAAUGCCGUGCACCGUGCUCGUGUCAAGGUCACGCAGGAGGACGUCAAGGCGGCUGCAGUAACCGUGAUCAGCGGACAGGAACCUUGUUCGAACGACAUUAUAAUCGACGUGAAUAUUAAUUAUCCAUUUCUUUGGUUAAUUUACGAUAAAAUGAACGCAGAUAUUCUCUAUAUCGGCGUCUUUAAUAAAGUUGACAAGCCCGUUUCUUGA